UUGUAUUUGUACAGAGGUCUCUGUAAUCGAGGACCCUCUCUUUCCCUCUCUUCCGCGAACUUGAAAAUUUUGCCAAAAAGAUGUCGAAAGCGGCGGGAGAUUCACGUAGCAACACAGCAGCCGUUCAGGCCACCAACGAUGAUGCCGCGGCAAGCAAGCUAUCAUGUGUUAAAAAGGGAUAUAUGAAAGAUGACUACAUUCAUUUGUUUGUCAGAAGGCCUGUUCGGAGGUCUCCAAUAAUCAACCGUGGUUAUUAUUCUCGGUGGGCUGCUCUUCGGAAGCUUCUCACUCAGUUUCUCACUUGUGAAAUCAAUAAUGGUGGUGAAGCUUUUAUGAAAAAGCAGAUAUUAUCUCUUGGAGCAGGCUUUGAUACAACCUAUUUUCAGUUGCAGGAUGAAGGGAAUGCGCCAUAUUUAUAUGUGGAACUGGAUUUUAAGGAGGUGACUAGUAAGAAGGCGGCUCUUAUAGACACUUGCAGCCAAUUGAGGGAUACAAUUGGACCAACAGCAACCAUUUCACGAGAGAAAGGGGAGGUACUAAGCGAUCAUUACAAACUACUUCCUGUUGAUUUGCGUGACAUUCCAAAUCUAGAUAGUAUUAUGGCUCAGGCUCAGUUGGAUCCAAGCUUGCCAACAUUUAUAAUUGCAGAGUGUGUUCUAAUAUACUUGGAUCCAGAUUCAAUCCAUGCUAUAGUUGGUUGGGCUUCAAAAACCUUUUCUACCGCAAUAUUUUUCUUAUACGAGCAGAUCCUUCCAGAUGAUCCCUUUGGACAGCAGAUGAUCAGAAAUUUGGAGAGUCGAGGCUGCGCAUUGUUGGGAUUACAUGCCACACCAACUUUACUAGCCAAGGAAAAACUCUUUCUUGACCAGGGGUGGCAGAGGGCUGUUGCUUGGGACAUGCUGAAUGUUUACUCUAAUUUUAUUGAAGCUCAAGAAAGGCGAAGGAUAGAGCGGCUUGAAUUGUUUGAUGAAUUUGAAGAGUGGCACAUGAUGCAGGAACACUACUGCGUGGUUUAUGCAAUCAACGACGCCAUGGGGUUGUUUGGGGGUUUCGGGUUCCGUAGGACUGAUGACCGUGCGAGUAGCAACACUCCAUCGCCUACCGCUCCUCCAUCUCUAUGAAAGCAAACAGAAGCUUUUAUAUAGGUUAUGGUUUGUGUGCUUCUUAUGCCAAUUUUUUGGUUGAUGAAAUGAAAUCUGGGUAUGAGAGCCACGUGCCAGCUCAUGGGAAGGACAAGUAAGAAAGUACACUGGACAAGUAGUUUGGGUAGCUAGGUUCCAAAAGGAGGGUUUGGAUGUAUCCCGAAUCUAUAUCUCUAUCUAUAUUCUAUAGUAUGUGAAUGUGAGUUGUAUUCUUUUCGUUGCUGCCGACCCGACCAUUCUUGCUAGCUGGUUAGCAAAACAGAGUGUCGGACCCACACCACGACUGACGUAUGUUUUUUCGGUUUUUCCUUCUUUGUUUUGUCAUUCAUCAUCAUUCGUUCGUGGGCGAAGAAGGGGGUAUUAGACUAUC